AACCCAGCAGGCGGCCCUGCCGACAAUACUACGUUCAGUUUUUUGGCAUCGUUGUCGAACGUGCCUGGGUUGCAUCAGCAGCAGCUGAACCGUUUGAAGGAAGACAUCAGUAUGAGCUGCUGGUUCGAAGAAAUACCAAAAAUGGGGAAACUGAUGUGCAUAGAAACAAGGUUUCUGUUAAAGUGCACACACAGUGGGAAACUGGUGUUAUUCAGGCAGAAGAAGCACUUUCUAUGUCUGUUGAGGACAGAAUAUCCAAAUAUUGCCUAAUUAGCGAGGAUGGUUUGCUUCACAUGGCUGGGAAAGAAAAGCUUGACUUCCAACUAACUUCAGAACGCAAGGACCUAAACGUUUCACCUGACUCCAACAGUCACUGCAAUAAUUCAGAAGAUUGUCAUGCUACAUAUGCACACCAGAAUAACAAGACAAAUACCAACUCCUCAAUUAGGUGUUCUUCUGAUUGUAAAACGAGAAAACGAAUGAGAAAUAAACUGUUAAAGGCCAGAGUUCCUAUCAGUGAAUCUGCACACUGUGCAUACAAUACAAACAGUACAGUAAAUAAUGUGCAGAUGAAUUCUGCAACCCUUAUAAAUGGUUUUGUAGAGGCAUCAAAUGAGAUCAUCACUGGAAUAGAGGGUUCAACCCCGAAAUCCUGUAUCGUUGAAAGUUCUUCCGUAUAUAAUAAUAAUGUCAUAAGUACAUCAGAGAUUGUUUCAGCUGCAACAGCUGUAUUAAAUUGGUCAGAUGAAGGAAUUUCUAAGGAACCAUUUAAUAUAGGAAAUGGCCCAACUACAAUUGAAUACAGGACCAAAUCUAGUUCUGAACAUUAUGGUGUCUGUAAUGGGACUGGAACUCAGUUUGAAGCCAACUACCAGAACAUGCAGGUUUGUGCAGUAUUUAAACAUUUAGUACAGUACUAGUUAAACUGAUACAUUAGAUUUUUAUUUGGGGUUAAUGUAGUCUUAAGAUUUAUUUCUUUGAACAUUGCUGACCAAUUCCCUACUUUUAUUGUGCAUGCAUUUUAGUUAAAAUGGCGCAUAGAUUAUUCAUACAGGGCAGGGAAGUCCCAACUUUAAUCAUUUCUCUUAGUAACAGGAAUAAGUUGUGAAAAAUCAAGUUUCUUCUACCAUUCAAGAAAUUAUGGCUGAUCUGUAUACUAACUCCAUUGAAUAGUCUUGGCUUCCCAACACUUCACUACCCUGGCUAGCAAAAAUCUGUCAAUCGCACAUUUUAAAUGUUUUCCAUUGAGUUGUUAUCUACCCGUUCUUUGGCAGAAUUCAACAUUUUAAAAAAUCCAGUACAAGAAAUGUCUUCUGACUCCUCUGUCAAAUGUCCUGGCUCUGAUUUUGCUGUUCUGUUCCCUCUAGGCCUCCGCACAGAUUAAGUUAAAUUUCUUGAACUUAACUUAAUGAGUUUCUUUCAAAAUCAUGAAAACCUCAAAUCACUAUGUUUCACAAAAAGCAAAGUCUUGGUAACGUUCUGGAGAAACUGUGCUGCUUUCUUUUUAAGGUCAAUAUAUCCUUUUAUAUGAUGUUGUGCCUGGAUAAACUCCAGGUUUGAUGCAACUUGACCUUUUUUUGUAUUUCUGUGGUGAAAAAUCCACUGCUUUUAUUGAACCAUAGAAUGGUUAGAAUACAGAAGAAAGUUCUCACACCCAUACCAGCUCUCUGCAAGAACGAUUCUGCAAAUCCUUUUCCCCUAUAAGUUGGAUGAACAGAAGUAGGCCAUUUCGCUCACCUGGUCUCCUUCCUUCCUUUUUUGUUAUUCAGUGGAUGAUCUGAUAAUCUUAAAGUUGUUUUUCUUGUCCCCCAUACCCUUGAUUCCCUUACUGAUUAAAAAUCCAUCUAUCUCACCCUUGAAUAUUCUUAAAUACCCAACCUGUAGCCCUAUACAGUAAAGAAUUCUACAGAUUUGUUUUUCCACCUCUCCUCCUCAUCUGUCUUAAAUAGUUAACUCUUGCUCUGAGACUAUGCCCUGUGGUCUUUAGACUCUUCCUGGGCAAACAACUGCUCAGCAUCUACUCUUAAGUCCCCUAAGAAUCUUGUGUUUUAAUGAGGUCACCUUUCAUUCUUUUAAACUCAAUGAGUACACACCCAACCUGCUGAACAAUUCCUCCAUAAGAUCUCUCCAUACCUGGAUGAAACCUAGUGAAGUUUGUGGACUGCCUCUGAUCCCAAUAUAUCUUGGGUAAAGGGACCAAACUUUUCACUGUAUUCCACAUCAAGGCUAAUUAAUGACUUGUACAGUUUUAGGAAGACAUCUGUAUAUUUAUACUCCAUUCCUUUUAAAAUAAUGGCUAACUUCCAUUUGCCUUCUGUAUUACCUGAUCUUGGAUGCUGGCUUUUUAUGAUUCAUGCGCAAGACCUCCCAAAUCCCUUCAUGUUGCAGUUUUCUAAAGUCUUUCCCCAUUUAAAUAAUAUUGAACUCUUCUACCUGAGUGCACAACCUCACAUUUUCCCACUCACUCAGCCUGUCAGUUUCUCUCUAGACUGUGUCACCAUCACUACUUGCCUUCCAAUUUAUUUUUGUCAGCCACAAAGUUGGCAAUAGUACAUUCACUUAUUUUCUGUUACGAUAUAUUGACACCUUACCAACCACCAAAUACAUUACAUCUACUCAUUCUCCAUUCUCCACACUGCUUCGUGUAUCCUCAAAGAACUUGAAUUUGUCCAACAUGAUUUUAUUUUCAUUAAAGCUGUCUCUGCUUAAUUGUAUUAUUUUUCUAAGCAUCCUGCAUUUCAUCUUUGACUCUAGCAAUUUUCCCAAUAACAAUUGUUGGUUCAACUGGUGCAUUGUUUCCUCCUUUUUUUAACCUCCCUCUUUUUUGAACAGUAAUGUUGCUUGUGUUGUUUUCCAAUCCACUGAAACCUUUGCAGAAUCUAGAAUUUGAAAGACUACAAAAGAACAUCUAUCUCUGCAGCUGUUUCCUUGUAAGAUCUUGAGAUGUGGACCAUCAGAUGCAAGGAUUUUGUCAGACUUUUGUCCCAGUAAUUUUCCCAGUACAAUUUCUGAUCACUGUUUUAAUUCCUCCUCUGCCCCCUGCUUAAUUUCUCCUAUUCUGGAAUGCUUUCAGUGCGUUCUAUGUAUCCCAACACCUUUUCUUUACCGGUGUUUAUUCAGUUUUCUUUGAAAAGUUGUAGUUGAAUCGUUCUUCACAAUUUCUGACAGUGCAUUCUAUGAAUUAACCACUCUGCUUAUUUUUAAACAGAUGGUUUUCAUGAUUGCUUCUUUCGCUCUCUCUUUAAAUCAUUGUCCUCUUGACAAAUCUAUUCUUGGUUUGUGAAGUUGACCCUCCUCCAAUUGUCAUUUGUACGAGAUUUCUUCUUGCCCUUUUCUGUAGCUUAUAUGAACCAUUUUAUAAUACAGUGAUCACGGUCUGUAAAAAUAUCCUUAAUGGCACUUGACCCAUUUCAUUCCCUAGAACCAGAUAUAGGAAUGCAUCUUUACUUAUUGGACCUGAAGAAAUUGAUCAACAAAAUUCUCCUGAUGAACACUUAGCAAUCUUCACCUGCCCUGCCCUAUACAGUAUUGCUAAUCCAGGUUAUGUUGGAAUAAUUAAUAUUUCCCAUUAUUACUACUGUAUAGUUUUAGCAACUUUGUCAUGAUCUCAACCAACGAUGAAAUUGAAUUGAAUGAAGCCUGGCUUGAUAGAUCAUUUAUUUUUAGUUUUGCAGUUGGUUAACAUGGUUAGUCACAAACAUAUUCACAUGAGGCUGGAGAAAUUCUUUAACAACACACCUUUUAAAUUCAUUACGCAAGAAAAAAAGCUUUAUUUUGUGUAUAUAUAGAAGACAAAGAUUUAACAAAUAUCAAAAUAAAGUUUCAGUUUGUUUCCCAAAGUUGCUCUUUUACAGGAAUUCUAUUCCAGAUUUAAAAAAAAAACAAUCAUCACACUCCUAUCGAGUUUUUAAACUUUACCUGACACCUUCCAGUUUCUUUCUUUUCUCUUUUUUUUUGCUUUACAAGUCUUUUCUGACUUUGACUUUGUUCUGAAUUGUGAACGCCCUCAAUUUGAUGGCUUAAGCUUUUUAGGUUUAACAAUAUAAACCCUUCUAUCCACUUGUCUGGUUUGCAGGCUCCAUAGACUUCUGCUGAGGUGACCCAAUUCAGCAGAGCUAACUGUAAAAUUUGAUUGUCAUGCUGGCAGAAAGACUGCUAUUCGGAACUAAAUGCUGGAUUAUGAAUUAGAACAUCAAAGCUUCUGUUAUGAAGUUGAAACUAAACUAAAAUGCCUAAAUGUGUUUUACUGUAUCUGUUAAACUCAACAGUAUAAAUAUUACAUCAAUUGCCACUACAGGGGUGUACCAAUUUACUACAUUAAUGUACUGUCUUUUGAAAUAAUACAUUUAAAAUUAUGUCACUGUCCAAGUAACUUUCUGGCCUGUUUUCUUGAACUUCACGCAACUGACUAAAAAUCUAACUGGCUAGUUUUAAAUGGUAACAGUAAAUAACGCAUGCAUUAUUUAAUUUAAUGUAAACUAUCUUUUGCAAGUUUGUUUCUUUAUCUUUCCUAUUAGUUGAUCUACAGAAUGUACAAAUAUUGUAAUAGUACCUCACAUAUUUAGAAUUAGAAUUACA